CCCCUCCGAGUUUCUCUCUCGUCUCUCACCAAGCAGACCUCUGCCUCGCAGGGUAAUUCAAGCGAGAGCAAAAAGAACAAACGACGAAGCAGGGGGAGCUAACCCGCCACCCCGUACACCCCGUGCACUCCGUGCUCUCGUUCCAAUUUGCGCGCGGCCAGAAUGCGGACAAAGCUCUUCGUACAGGAACGCUUGCUACUGAUGCAGACUAUCACAAUUAAUGUAUUUGAUGUCGCACGAAGAAACUCUUUGGAACCGUCGAGAGGAGCAUUUAUGUCAUCCUGUAGAGGAAUUCAAGGACUACCAGUAAAUGCGAAACAUCUAAAUAUGUCUUAAAUCAUAAUACGAUAACCCCGGCGACGAUAACCCCCAGUUGCAGGAAAGGGGUUCCAUCCAUCCCCUCCCCCCUUGUACCACAGUGGAGAUAAGGGUUUGCGUGUGUUAAUUUUUCAAUAGUAAAGAAAUGUGUGGUAGUAUCCGAGUCUUACAAUUGCUUUCGAACUUUUCGAACCAUAUAAAAUUGCGUAUGUGGGAGAUGUAGGACAUUACUGGAUUUCGUGUGUCAAAGAUUGAACCAUUCAGUUAGCUGGUUGGUUAUUCUGACAUCGGCCUCUCGAACGUUAGCCCAGGCCAAUGCCAAAACAUCAUUAGAACCCAGUUUCCGAAAAGUGCUUUCUCUGCAGACAAGGAAGAAUGAAAACAAUUAGUUGCCGUCGCUUGUUAGCAUAACAAGUAAGGCUGUCUCUCUUGAAUUAUAAUCAAGGCAGCAGUGUUUUAUGUGCAAGAAGUCAAGCGAAACAAAACAGUGGCAUGUUGCUCGUGCUUAUUGGCUGCGAAUAACUCAUUGUUUUCAGAAGAGACCGCCCAGCAUGGAAAGGACGAAUAUCACAAUUGAUGCCCGAAUGAUGACUUUACGAUCAUUAGCUUUCCAGGCCGCAACGGCCACAAACAAGCACAGUGGACUGAGUCUACUCCACGCUGCAUGCAUCGAAGGCGACUUGGAAACUGUACAAAUAAUCAUGAGGUACAGCCCUGGCAAAUUAGAUAACGCCAUUGCUUUGUCUAUAAACACUGAAUACUCUGCGUCAUGUCCAAGGAAGACUGCCUUGGAUAUCUGUGACUCACAUCAGACUGGCAAUCACGUGAAGAUACACAAGAUUCUAGAGAAUGUGUUUAUGGAAUUUCGGUCAAAAUCUUUGACACUUAUCGCAGCUAGACGAGGAAAGUGGGAACAUCUCAAGAGGCUUCUUGAUCUCGGUUCGGACCCAAACGAAGUGUCGUGUGACGCCAAUCAAGUCACGCCAUUGAUGCUGGCAGUCACGCGCAACACCAACAUCUGGGCUGAGCUUCUCCUUGAGAGGGGAGCCGACGUUAAUGUGAAAGACAAAUCUGAAAUGAAAGCGCUUCAUUACGCCGCUCUGAACGGUCGAACGAGAACUGUUCUGUUGUUAAUAGAGGCUGGCUCUAGCGUCAGCGAUGUUAGCGACAGAGGAAUGACGCCAUUACAUUUUGCCGCCAAGAAUGGUCACACUAAAACGGCCGCCAUUCUCAUUGAACACGGCGCCGAUGUUCAUUCAAGAUCGUCCAGCGGUUGUACACCGUUGAUGCUAGCGACGGAGAAAGGACAUUACGAGAUUGUUGAGUUUCUUCUCGCUCAAGGUAGCAGUGUUCACACUACCGAGCAAAUGGGUUUUACUGCACUUCAUCUGGCAGCCGUCAAAGGUUACACUGACUUAGUCCGGCUUCUGCUUCAGAAGGGAAGUAGUGUAGACGCAAGAGCCUCAGGUAAAACUCCUUUGUUUCUGUCUUCGUUUGCAAAUCACCGAGAAACUACCGAGCUGUUGCUUCGUUAUGGCAGCAACGUCAAUGCGUAUGACAUAUUUGGCAGAACAGCUGUGCACUACGCCGCUCAAGAAGGACAAGUUGCCAUGGUGAAGUUGUUAGUUGAAAAAGGCGCGAAUGUUCACGAAGGUGACAAUGAAAAUCAGACGCCAUUGUUCAUGUCAGUGAUCUAUGAUCAGAAAGAGGUGGCCAGCCUGUUGCUGCAACUGGGAGCCCACGUUAAUGCAAGUGAUAUCAAUCGUAAGACUCCGCUGCACUUUGCUGCACAGGAAGGCUACGUGGAAAUCGCUGAGUUGUUAAUUCAAAAUGGCGGCGACCUGAAUGCUGAGGAAGUCACAGGCGACCAACCACUGUCCCUUGCAGUUGCAUACUGCAGUGAUGACGUGGUAGAGCUUUUGUUACGUCAUGGCGCUGAGUUGAACAGUGCAAACGAAAGUCUUUUGACUCCUCUUCAUAUCGCAGCUCAGAAUGGCAAAACAACUCUUGCAGAAUUGUUACUGCAGCGAGGCAUUGACCACGAAGCUAAAGACUGUGAUGGACAAACACCAUUGCAUAUAGCUUGCUCGUAUGGAGAUAUCAAAAUGGCGGAGCUGCUUGUGCGAUAUGGAUGUGACGUUAAUGCACGAGAUGGCGCUAACCGCACGACACUUUGUUUAGUUGUAAGUGAAGGACAUCUUGAAAUUGCUUCUUUGUUGCUGAACCACGGCGCAGACGUGAACUUGGUCGACGGAGACGGCUUCACAGCACUUCAUAAUGUGUACACAAAUCUUCACUCGUUCCUUGGCGACGAGCGGACUAGCCUCGCCAUAACCAAAUUAUUGUUUGAAUUUGGAAGUAAAGUAGACAACACUGAUCCGCGCGGACGAACAGAGCUGCAUAUGGCGGCUGAAUGCUCAUCGGUAAAACUUGUGGAGCAGCUCAUUGAGUAUGGCAGUAGUGUCCAUGCUGUUGAUACGGAGGGAUGUACUCCUUUAAUAAGAGCCACAAGGUUCUCCCGCAGACCCGAGCUUAUUGUCAAAAUUUUAAUUGAAAACAACGCUGAUGUGUCAGUGAAGGAUAAGCUCGGCCGCACCGCUCUGCACUAUUCUGCGGGCUUUAAAGGAAACCGUAAAAUUUCCCAGACUCUGAUUCAGAAAGGCAUUCAAGUUCAUGAUGUGGACAACGACGGGAACACAGCUCUGCACCUCGCGGCUAACAACCGUAACACACACACUGCAGAGCUACUGAUACAAUACGGCUGCGACAUAAACGCUUGCAACAAACGCAGUGAAAGUGUUUUGCACAAAGCCAUAACCGCCAAGUGCGAGUGUACACACGGCUGCAGAAAAUGCAUGUGGAAAUACCAUACUGUCGCGCUAUUGGUCGAGAAGGGGUGUGACGUCAGAAAAACUGACAUGGAUGGUAACUGCGCGCUUCACCUGAUGGCGCAAUGGAUCACGGAUCCCACAACUGUAAGACUGUUGAUUAGAAACAGAGCUGAUGUUCGCGCAAGGAAUAAUCAAGGCAGCACUCCAUUGCAUCUGAUGUCUGCUGUAAAAUGUGAGCGGUCAAGAGCAAAGUACACCAGGUCACGUUGGACAUGUGAUGCUGUGGAGCUAUUUAUCAGACACGGAUGUGAUAUCCGCGCUGUGGAUAAUGAAGGCAACACCCCCCUACACCGGACAGCCGAGUCUGACCGAGACGACAUUGCAAAUAUCCUGCUGGACCGUGGAGCCGAGAUUGAAGCCCUGGACUGGCAAGCAAACACCCCACUGCAUGUUGCCGGGGCGUGUAACUCAGUCAGAGUUGCAGCACUCUUGGUAAAACGUGGCGCUAAUACCAGGGCAUUGGAUAGCGAGGGAAGUACACCUCUGGACAUCGCUUACAAGUGUGGCAAUCAUGAAAUAGUUGAUCUUAUGGAAGAGCACACGCCGUAAAAUAAUGGAGGAUUAUGUGAUUGAAAUUUUCAUUUCCUCGCAUUUGCUGACUAAACACGUUUCCAGACUGAAAUGCGAAUACUUCAACGAUUUGUUCUAGUGAAGAAGUAAUCCAAUGAUAGGAAAUUCGGAAGAGAUAGAAAAAAAAAAGCUGAAAAAAUAUAAUACACACCAGGUCAAAUGAUCUAUCAUCUCAUAAACACUCCAAACAAAUAUGGUAUUGAAGACUUCUAGGUACUGGCCCGUCUCCUUUAUAACGACACCAAACUCAUAAAAAAAAUUCUUACAAGAUUUUUGAGAAUUGCGCCACAAACCUGUCAGCAUUCUUAGAUUACGCGAAAUUUGGAAGACAUCCAGAGACUGUGGUCUAAAACGCACAAACACAGUACUGUACUUAAGAACUUAGAGACGUAUUUGAACAUCAAUGAAGGGUUAUCUGAUCCUGUCUAAAAUUCAGGCUUCCAGGUUUCUGCGAGGACCUUUCAAAAUAGGUACCCAAAGGGUAAAUGUGUGGGAUACAAACUCAUUUGCAUUAACGGACACGAGCCGAUGACAAUAGUGUGGGAUACCACAGGUAUCCCACACAAAAAAAGGGGCAGAUUAAACAUUGCAAAUUUAGCAUCGAAAUCUGCUCUGUUACGGGACCCUUUGGUAGCUGAAAACGGCACUUGCCAGAAAUUUAACUUUGUUCACUACACAACGUUCUUUAUAUUUACUUGAGUCACCAGAGCUGCUGUGGUGUUUCUCUUUGAGUCUUCUGUCAUAACUUGGCUAUGGCUUAAGUAGAUUUUAGAAUUUGGAGAACAGUCCUCAGAAAACGUCAAAUUAUGAGAUUGGACAGUUUGAAAUUGUGGUGAAAUGGGUGAGUUAAAUAACUAAGUUCCCAUCCCUCAAUGAACUACACCAGUUACUUUUUCUUGACAAGCAAUGGAACGAAAUGUCGCGCUAGAAUGGCUAAACUUAAAGAAAAGCACAACUUGAAAAUAAAAGGGGCUUAUUUUAUUUGUCUCUUCCUCAUCAACGAUAUGGCAAAGAAACUUAAAGAUCUAGAAAUGUGUACUGAUUUUCUUAGCACAGGUACUGGAAACCUGACGUAUCCAAAUAAAUCUUAAGUCAAGCUGGAGUCUAUAAAAAAUCUCAAAUAACCUUUCGUGACAUCCUUAAGGGGGUAUGGUACCCUAAAAUAUGGCGAUGUUCAUGAAAAAUUCAAUUUCUUGGAAAUACAAGACUUAAGACCCUUGAGGACAUGUCAAAAACAUUUUGAAACGAUCUUGCCGAAUUUCCUUCCAGAUGAGUGUGAAAUUUAAGGAAAGUUCACAGUGGUAUAAGUUUUUUCACGUAGCAACAGCCAUAGCAAUAACUGUUUGCUAUAAGAAAGUGACCAAAAAUAUAGAUUAUUUUUGACUUAUAUGAACGAAACUAUUUAGAAAAAAACUUUUAAGACAUGCACAACUCGAUUGAUAUAAUUAAUUGUGAAAAGCUUUGCCUCAAAUUGCCAUCACAAGCUCAUUCAUUUCCCUUAUGAAAAGGAAUAUUUCCCACAACUGCGCUAACUUUUACAAAAUAGAACAACCAUUGCACCCCCUCCCCCGAGAUCCAAUCUGCACUCCCCUUCCCCGCUAUUUGUGGCUCGUUAAAUACUUAAUAGCUCGUGUAAGAAACUUAAAGUGCAUUUUUCUCAAAAGUUCACUUUUGUACCGACUGACUUCGCGCCAACAUUUCUACUUUGCAAGGUUUUUAAGUAGAAUUCCCGAAACUUAGGCUGAUCAAAGACCAAUAGUGUCGUGAUGUCGUAAACCAAAAAAAUCGUAACAUUUUAAGAUCUGUCACGUGACAUGAGAUGAUUUGUCCACUGG